AACAUAGUCUUCCUCAUGUAGUUUUAGUAGGUAUCGUAAACAUUGUCCUGUUAAAUGUGCUGUAUUUUAUGUAUAUUUUUAAAUUGCCUAAUACUUUUAUUUUAAUGCCCCUCUGCCUUCUUUGGCUAUAAUCAAUUAAGUGUGGAUUUAUAAAAGUGAUAUUACUCUCUUAGGUGUAUUGACUUUUGUUGAUAAUUAAGGGCUUGGUAUAGGUAAUGGUUUCUAGGUAAUACAAUGUUUUUGUUUCUUUUUGAGAUUCUAAUUUAAAACUUUUCUCCCUUUUCCUCCUUUUAAGCUCUCCCACAUCUCUCUCCCCUAAGUCCUUCAAAUCCAUGCCUUUUUUUCAUACUUAUUAUUGUAUGCAUAUAUACAAUUUCCUCUUUUUUUAAAUGUAGAUAUGCUAUGAUAGACCUGCAGUUUGAGUACAAAUAAGUUAGGUUAAAUUCAAUGAGCUUUGAUUCUAUGCCACAUACAUACAUAUAACCAGUAUAGUUAAUAUACUGGAACUUCUUAGCUUGCUGAAGUUGUUAACAGUGAUUUCAGUUGAAGUAUACUUGGCCAAAAAUAUGACAACUUUUUUUUAAAUUACAAAUUAGAGAUCUUUUACUAUUCUAAAAAAAUAACUUACCCCUUUUGUAUAGUGUAAAAAUGCCUGACUAAAAGACACACUAAAAGCUCUUGGACUUAAUACAGUAUGACUAUGUAAAAACUGCUGUCUGCAGUCUGCUUAGGUUUCUAAAGAUAAAUGCAUACAUGCAUCCAAUAUCAGACUUUGCCGCAAGGUUUCAUUUCCAUGCAGAAGCACGCAUACUCAUUUUUUUGGGACACUACAUGAAAAGCAUGCUUUCCAUCCCUGUAAUAGUUCCAAUAGCAAUUUAGAAUAGGAAAGUUUGGUUCUUAAAAGAAUAGUUGGGUGGAUUCUUAGGUUGCAGGUAUUUUCCUCGUGGUUUAAAAGAGCUUACUGUCUAAAAGGGAUACACUGAUACCGAAAGGAAGGAGUUAUCUGCAUCCUAGUUCCUAAAACCUGGCAAGCUGUCAGGGCUGGAAUUAGCUUUACAGAUGGCAUUUGGCAACAUGUCUACAUAUCUCUAAGCCCUCAUCUCUGGCGUUUUCUUCCACCUGCCUAUCAAUUACAAUAUCCAAUCACUGUUCAGGAAUGGAGAAGUGGGAUGAUCACAGCUCACACGAUGCUGUUUGGUUAGAAACGUCAGUGCUGCACAACCCACACGGCUGAGUCAGUGUCUGUGAGAAAAUGAGCUGAAUUAAUAUUUAGAGGGGGUUGAAUCUCUGAACAUUUAAAGCUUAAAUAUCUGCAACUGCAGGAUUACACAGUAGAGAGAGGAAAGCUAAAGGAAGUCUGUGGACAGGUGAGGUAGGAGGAGACUGGAAGAUUUUCUGACUGUUCAGAAGAAUCUUGAGGAUGAUGGAAAAACCAGAUGAACUAAAGUUUCCUAGUAAUGCCAAAGGAUGCUGACCUGGCUUUCAGUGCUGCAUUGUUUGAAAAAGCAGAGUCCCUUUAUACUCUGAUUUCAAAUUUUUUUUCUUGUUUUUGUGUGUCUACCCUGGCAUAUACUAAAGGAAGCACUGCCUCACGUGUUGCUAAGGGAGGAGUUGACCACACCAAAAUGAGUCUGCAUGGUGCUAGUGGGGGACAUGAGAGAUCAAGAGAUAGACGAAGGUCAAGUGACAGAUCACGAGAUUCAUCUCACGAGAGAGCAGAGUCUCAGCUCACUCCUUGUAUUCGAAAUGUGACUUCACCAACAAGGCAGCAUCAUAUUGAACGAGAAAAAGACCAUAGUUCAUCUCGUCCAAGCAGUCCUCGUCCUCAAAGAGCAUCCCCAAAUGGCUCCAUUAGUAGUGCUGGGAACAGCAGCAGGAACAGCAGCCAGUCAAGCUCAGAUGGAAGCUGUAAGGCGUCCGGGGAGAUGGUGUUUGUGUAUGAGAAUGCAAAAGAAGGGGCUCGCAGUGUGAGGACAUCUGAGCGAGUGACCCUGAUAGUGGAUAACACCAGAUUUGUUGUGGACCCGUCCAUUUUUACUGCACAGCCAAAUACAAUGUUGGGCAGGAUGUUUGGAUCUGGCCGGGAACAUAAUUUCACACGUCCCAAUGAGAAGGGAGAAUAUGAGGUGGCAGAGGGAAUUGGUUCUACUGUGUUUCGAGCUAUUUUGGAUUACUAUAAGACAGGAAUCAUCCGCUGUCCUGAUGGCAUCUCUAUUCCUGAACUGAGAGAAGCGUGCGAUUACCUUUGUAUCUCUUUUGAAUACAGCACAAUUAAAUGUAGAGAUCUCAGUGCCCUUAUGCAUGAGUUAUCAAAUGAUGGUGCUCGUAGACAAUUUGAAUUUUAUCUGGAAGAAAUGAUCCUCCCUCUUAUGGUAGCAAGUGCCCAGAGUGGAGAGCGAGAGUGCCAUAUUGUAGUGCUUACAGAUGAUGAUGUAGUUGAUUGGGAUGAGGAGUAUCCACCUCAGAUGGGAGAGGAAUAUUCACAGAUUAUUUAUAGCACAAAAUUAUAUAGAUUUUUCAAGUACAUUGAAAACAGAGAUGUGGCCAAAUCAGUUUUGAAGGAGAGGGGUCUUAAGAAGAUUAGAUUGGGAAUAGAAGGCUACCCUACCUACAAAGAAAAAGUAAAGAAAAGGCCAGGGGGCCGUCCAGAAGUCAUUUACAACUAUGUCCAAAGACCCUUCAUUCGAAUGUCCUGGGAGAAGGAGGAAGGAAAGAGCCGGCACGUAGACUUCCAGUGUGUAAAGAGCAAAUCUAUCACCAACCUGGCAGCAGCUGCUGCAGACAUUCCCCAGGACCAGCUGGUAGUCAUGCACCCCACUCCCCAGGUGGAUGAGCUGGAUAGCCUUCCCAGCCACCCUGCCUCAGGCAACAAUGACCUCGAUCCUGACGCACAGAAUCCAAUGCUGUGAUGCUGAUGUUCCUGAAACCAUAGCAUGCUACUCUCCACAGUGACGUCGUACUCCUCAUUCUGCACUGCGAAGCCACUUUUCUUCAUUGUGAGAUGCACACGUUUAGGAUACUGCAGUGUAGGCUUUUUUAAAGACCAAAGGUAGCUGAAUGGUUUUUUAACGAGUACAACUUUAGCAUCCUGGUUCCAGUUCUAUAAAUGUAUUUGUUUACCAGUAGGUUUGUGAAAUUGGUUCUUUGUAUGGGGACAGUCCUUUUUCACACAUCCAGAAGUGGGAAUUUGGCAGCUGGGGUACUUUCAGUGUAGAUUGACCCUCAUGCCCCAGGUAAGAUGCAGAAUAUUACAGAGUUGCACUUUAUAGAUGGUGGUUAAAUGGAGCUGCUGAAGCCAUUUUAGAGCUGUGAUGCACAGCAUAACGUAAGUGCUUCUACCAGAGUACUCCUCAGCACAGUAUGUAUAGUUGGCCCACAACAAGCAAAAACAUAUUUAUCUUGGGUUUAUUUAAACAAUUAGGAUGAACUUUGAUGCUUAUAGUGUUGGUUCACUCAUCUCCAGAGCCCUGCAGUCCUUUUAGAGUGAGUCACAUGCAGGGAGGGUGAACGUCAAGAGGUGGUUUACUGUCCAGUCUGCCUUAUCCUUAAUCCGUUCAUAUAUUUAUUUACUAAUGCUUUUUUUCUUAAGAGUUAUGGGAUAGGAAAAUGAACUGUUUGCUCUUCAUUUACUAAAUGAUUGUAAACUCGAGUUUUUCAUCAAAAUAAAAUUUCAUUGUUUUAA